AGCUCUGCUCAGUAAGUGCAGGAUAACAUUAUGUAUCUCUAUGUUAAAUGUAUGUGGAUAUCUAAGUAGUUUUCUGUAGAAGCAGAUGGAACAUAAGUAAUGCCAUCAUUUUAAAAAAUCAGAAAUAUCUGCAAUUCUGUUGCCACAUUGAAAAUAUCCAUGUUUACUAUUAUAACAGGGCUGAAAUGCUUGCUGGAAUGGGAAACAUAUCAUGAAUAAGAAUAGCUUUUGUUUUAGGUUCCAAACUGUUUACACAUUUACAACACGCACCACUACCACUACCCCCACCCCUCCCCACUGGCCCCGGCUUAAGUAACUCACUAUAAUAGUUAAUUGUUUUUUGUUUGUUUUUUUGCAGGAGAAUGUAGGCACUGAGGCCCCAUUUACACUGCCAUUUAAAUCAUCUGCUUUGAACUGGAUGAUUCAGUAUAGAUUCAGCCUGAAAUUCAGUAUGGUAUAGUGGUUUGAGUAGUGGACUAAGACUGUAGGAAUACAGGGUUCAAAUCCCCGUUCAGUUAUGGAAAUCCAGUGAGGGAUAUUGGGUAAAUCAUACUCCUGAACCCUCAGAAAAGAUAACAGCAACCAAGUGGAUAAAACUUGCUAAGAAAACCCUGUAAUAAGGUUGCCUUAAGUCAGAAAUUACUUGAAGACAUGGAGAACCAGUGUAGCACAGUACUUUAAGGGUUCAAAUCCUUGCUUAGACAUGGAGACCCACCAGUCAAACUCUCUCAGCCUCAAAGAAAGGCAAUGGCAAACCUUGUCUGAACAAAUCGUACCAAGAUAAUUUCACUGAUAGGAUUGCCCUAAACUGGAAAUGGCUUGAAGGCAAAUAACAAUGGUUAAAAUUAUAAAAUAAAUGUGAUUGCGGUCUCAAAAAUCAACCCUAGCACAGGGAAUCUUAAGUAGGACAAAACAGGUCAAUAAGAAUUUGGACUGCAACUGAGCAGUCAUAUUGUUUAUUUUAAUAAAAAAAAUAGAAUCAGACAACUGUCCCUGUUAGAUUCUUACAUGAUAAGAAUCUAUAAAAUCAUUUCUGUUUGUGUCGGGUUCCAGCAAACUCAACAUGCUUGUGUAAUAAUUUUAUCAUCAUCAUUAUUAUCAUCAUCAUAUUUAAUUAUAUCCCACCUUUCUACCCAUGGGGACUCAAGGCAGCUAACAUCUAUCCACACUUUACAGUUUAAAAAGAGCAAUACAAAAGUUAAAUAGUAACAGCAUGGUAAAAGAAUAAAAUUGAGUAAAUACACUAAAAUGGCCUUUAAAACUCAUAUCCUCUCCAAUCCCACCUAACCUCCUCAACAGGGCUAUCAUUUUUAAUAAGUUAAACUUGUCUAUCACAACACAUACAUACGCAUAUAUUGAUUCAUAACAAUAGCCAUAAUAACAAAAGAGAAACCAUAAAAUGUGUCAUACCAAGUAAUGAAAAUGAAAACUUCUAAACAGUUCAGGCACCAAUGCUAUAAAUAGGGCUCAAUUGUCAGCACGUGAAAAGAUCCAGUGCGUCUCAUGGAUCUAAGUCACACCCACAGAAGAGAUAGUAUCUGACAGAGCUAAAAAUGACAAGCUACCUCAGCCGAUAAACUACUUUAUAUGUGGACGUACAACUGGAAAGAGUGUGGAUUGUUCCAGUUGGUGAACUGGACUCUUCCUACUGAAGAAAUAAAGCAGCAGAUUAUCAACAUUAUUUCAGCAAUGGAGGGAGUAGUUAUACGGCACUGGGUGGAAACUCCAGUACGUUAUCAGGAAUAUUUUACUAACAAAGAUUUGGAAGCAUGCAAGUUAAACCAUUCUCUCUACGCCUUGCCAGGCCCAGCAGUGGCUGUACAGACAAAGGAUGUGGGUGAAGUGGAAACAGAACAGCACAGUACAAAUGAAGAAAAACCCAAAUUUCAAGUCUUACUAGAUGUUGUGCAGUUCCGUCCUGAAGAUGUUAUCAUUCAAACCUUUGAAGGCUGGCUGCUGAUCAAAGCUCAGCAUGGACCCAGGAUGGAUGAACAUGGCUUUAUAGCCAGAAGCUUUACUAGACAAUACAAAUUGCCUGAUGGAGUUGAAACAAAAGAUCUGACUGCUAUCUUCUGCCACGAUGGCAUUUUGGUUAUUGAAACCAAGGCAUUUGGCAGGAUAUGAACUGUAGACGUUUUGUUAUGGGUGAGACAACAUUGUUUCUACUUUAACUAGAACAGUCGUGAACUGUGGUGAUAUGCAUGCAGAGCUGUAUUCACAAUGAAGAUAAAGGCAAGCUUUUGCAUAUUUUACUUAGUGUGUUGAACUUGAUUGUUUUGAUGUCAAAGACAAUACUUGUUCCUGUGAACUGAAUGCACCCACACAUUCAUAACAAAACAAUCUGACAAAGCAGAGAGAAUCCUGUAAAACAUGGAUGUAGAAGAAUGUGUGAAAGGAAGGUUCUAUAUAUGGGAAAGGGUGGAAAUAGAAGGUUGCAUUCAAAAUUUUACAUCGCUUGAAUUCAAGAGACAAAGGAUGAAGGCUGCUUUUCACUGAUGUGUAAUACUGAAUUGUGAAACUGUUGUAUUUAUCAGCAUUACAACUGAUCGAAAUAAGUCCUUUAAGCGCAAAUAAACCAAGAGGUGGAACUCCUACUUCUGAAGAACAAGACAAGGCAUUUUAAAAACUAAAAUUUAUGACUUUUCAGUCCCAGAUAAAUUAGUAUAUUGCAUAGCAGUAUGUAAGGAUAUUUUUUUAUAAGUACUGUAUGUAACAACUGAUCUUCAAAGUGGCCUUUUAUUCUCCCAACAAUGAUUUGCUACAUGUGGUAUUCAAAAUAUUUCAGCAGUCUUCUUUUGGGAAAAGAACAGCUGUUUAAGUUAGGAUGUCUCCUUUCACAUCUUGUUAAGAUAACUGUAAGCAUGACUGCAGAGCUAUGUAUAGUAAAGGAAUUCAGAGGAGAAGGAGCCAAACUAAAUACAGGCUCUUGUUGCCAUUUGGACACAUUAAAAGAAAGAAUGUGACUGUAAUAAAUGUAUUCGCAUGACUAAAUGAUGAUCAAAAUGUUUUUUAAAAGCAUGACCUUCAUCUAAAUACAGGAACUCUCUUUUCAAAGAGAAGUCUUUAACUUGUUCAUAUUUUUUGUUUUACUCUAACUAUAUGAUGCAGGUUAAGAAUACUGAUGUAAAAAUGUCAGAAUCAAAGUAUUAUUUCCUCAACGACUGUUGUUGCUGUCAGAUGGUAUAUUGAGAAGCAUGUGAAGUGAAAAAGACUGCCCAAAAUGAAAUCCCUAAACUUAUAUUUCUUCAUCUUACAGAUGAGAAAUAUUGGCCCUUAUCUACACAUGCUGUAAAAUCCAGAAUGAUGUAGCUUAUGGGGGUGGAUGGGGUGGACAAAACGCAAGCCCCUAAUGGGUGCUGCAACACAUCCACAUGGAAAACAUGCAAUAAAAAACUCAGGAGAAAGUCCAAAAUUGGUGAUAAAUAAACUGCAGCUGAUCAGUAUAUGGUCGUUGCAGAGCAGAAAUUUGGGAGGAACAUGUGCAGCACUCAUGUAAACAGCAUCACCAUUUGAAAAUUCAGAUAAAGGAACCAGAUAUGGUGCUUUCAGGAAGGUAAAAAAAAAACACCUUUUUCCUCCCUUCCCAAGAAGAAAUCACUUUCCAUCUCUUGUAUUUGAGUAGGAAGAUGAUGAUUCCCAUCUGAUGGGCUGAUGCAGUUCAGCACAUUUCUCCAAACGGGGUAAGAAAACAAAAUAUGUCAUUCUGUUGGAUCGAUUUAGCACAAAGGGAGCUUUGUGAAUGCUGCAGUAGCUUUUUCACUGUCCCGGGGUGCAUGUGGAAACUCUCUAGGGUGGAACUGAAUUUCUUUAAUCCACAUUCAGAUUUUGAUUAUGUGGCUAUGUAGAAGCAGCCAUUGUGACAGAUGCCAAUUUCAAGUAUGCUUGGUAUGGAUAAUACGGGGAUGUUGGGCCGAAUUGUCAUCUGUUAUCCAUAUCUACCCACCCAGUUUUCUAUACCUACAGCAGACUAUCACCUUAUUUGUCAUGUAUAUAUUGGAGAUUGAUCAAGCUUACAGUAAACUCAAACACACAUGGUCAUUCUAUAUGCAUACUUAUCCGAGUAAAGAUGCACACAGACUACCAAAACUACUGCUACUUACAAUAAUACAACUGGUAGAGAAAGGAUUGAUGUCUCUUUCUCUUUCUGCUAUCUUUUCAUCUUUAAAUUUCUUUCAAACCGGUUUUGCUCUCUAGAAAGUAGCACUGGCACCUUUACAAACAUAAACAUGUGCACUAUAUACUGUAUCAAUACCCUCUAUAUCAACAGAUUAAAAGUGGUUAAGAAAAUGAUAUUUAGAAACAUAAUUUUAAUUCUUGAUUUUUUUACUAAGGGCAAUAUAGCCACACAUAAGAAAAAUCAAAUAUCCAAUAAGACUUUUAUUAUUAGUAAGUUAUGAGUAAUGCUAUUUUAUUGACCAAAAAGUACUCAUUUUCUGAUGGUGACAGUUCUACUGACAUUUUUAUUCUAGUUCUUUUUUUUUACUCCUAUUCAUAUCAUUAAUUUCAUAAUUAUACAUUAAACAUAUAUAUUAGAAUGAUGACAUGGAAAUGUUUUGUGAAAUAUUUGCCAAUGGAAUUCCAAGAAUUCCAAGAGAAAAAGAACAUGUCUGAAACAUUUCUGAAAUUAAUUUAGUUGAUGAACAACAUGAAAAUAGAUAAAUAGAUAAAUACUGUUCCUGAACUGAAUUUGAGUUAUGUAUGUCAUCUAACUGUAUAACAAUAAAUGACUUAAGGCAAGACUGGAAACAUUUA